ACCAUGACGCCUCAGUCCGUCAGGCCGAGUACUCUCGGCCUGAGGACGCAGCCGCGCUUGGCCGGCCGUCCGAUGGAAGGCGGCGCAGAAAAGGAGGGCAGAAACUGGCCAAAAGUGAGGUAAGACCCGAGGCCACCUUCAUCCCCGUCGGGGCUUUCCAACGAGAAAUGUGUCGCUCCGGCCCCAUGCGUGUCCACCCUCAGU